CCUUACUUGGAUCAUCAACUUGAUCAAACAUGUCAGAAGGAAAAUCAUCUGAGGAAACAUCAGCUUCUUCAUCAUCUUUUGAAACAAGUCUGCAUCUUCUAGCUGCUGGUGACGGCUCAAAAAACGGCCGAGUAAGAGCGAACAAGGGCUCAGCAGGUCCGUGGAUAUCAUAGAAAAAAGGAUUCCGGCAACCUUACGGCUUCAUCAACUUGGCGUGAUGAGCAAGGAAGAGUCUGAGGAUGAACACAAAAAAAGGGAGAAUAUAUUAACUAUUAAUUUCAAGAGAUAUGAAAGGGGAUGAUCGUAUUGCCAAAAUAGUUUAAGAGAACAAGCUGCGUUCCAAGCUUACCUAAACCUCCUUCGUCUUUCUCCAAAGAGUGAUACUAGGAGAAUAGGAUAAUUACCAAUUAUCUCGUACACAAAAAAAAAAGGAAACUUACCAGUGUUGUUAUGUGUCCAUAUUUAUUUAGGAUAUUUUCCUUUUUUUCUUUUAAGGUUUACGGAGGUUAACAUGUAUAUAUAUAUAGGUGUAUUGUGCAAACUUGUUCAAUAAAAAAGUAUUCACAAAUCACAAAGUGUGAGUCAAUCGUUUGCUAUUCUCAUAGCUUCUCAUAGCUUCCUCAGUUAUUUCCAACCCAGAGAGAUGUGGCGGUAUCCUAGAAACCUCGACAGUUGCUGUAUCUACAGAGUCCCGGACUGUAUACGCGAAGUAAAACCAGAAGCAUACACGCCUCAACUAGUCCUUAUUGGACCUCUUCAUCGUCCACUGAAAUUUCAAGAUCUCAAGGCUCUUGAUCGUGGAGAUGAUAUUACAUACACAACGUCAAUGAAGUACUUAUACAUGGAAGAACAUAAGAAGAUUUACUUGGCGGCAUUCGCAGCAAGGUUUGAAGGCAAAAAGACCAUCGAUAGAUUCAACAGAAUCUUUGAAGAAGAGGAAGAGAACAUCAUCGAUAGAUUCAAAAGAAUCAUUGAAGAAGAGGAAGAGAACAUCAGGGAAAGCUAUUCAGAAUCAACGGCCUGGAUUAAAUCUUCAGAGUUUGUGGAGAUGGUCCUGCACGACUCUGUUUUCAUAAUAGAGUCGAUACUGAGGUUUCUCAUAAAAGGAAGAAAGAAGACAGGAGAUCGUCUCAUGGACUGGGGAUGUCUUACAUACACACUCUUUGAUGAUCUCAUCUUGCUCGAGAACCAGCUUCCUUACUUCAUCCUUGAGAAACUCUUCGAUCCAAUCGUCCAAAGAAUCUUGCCGCAAAAAACGCUUCGUGACCUAAUCAUCAGUUUCUUCAACCUCCAAGGUAAAAUUGGAGAUGAUUCCAAAUUUAGACAUUUCACUGACCUGCAGAGGUGUGUUCGCGUGGAGACACUUCCCAACCAUGAUGUUUGUAUUCACAAACAACACAUACAACAUGCUUAUAAUGCGGAUUGUAUUCACAAACAACACAUACAACAUGCGGAUAAGCUAGAAAGCGGGGGAGUACAAUUUGAGGCCGUAGGAGAAGAGUUCUCAUUGAAUGUGAGGUUCGAGAAUGGUUGUUUGAAGAUGCCUCGUCUUAUGGUUGAUGAUAGACUUGAGAGGAGACUGAGAAACAUAAUGGCUCUUGAGCAAUGCCAUUACCCUUUCAACGCCCACGUAUGUAGCUACAUCUUCUUCAUAGAGCACCUCAUUCACACCACAAAAGCCGCUGACUUGCUUGUCGAGAAAGAAAUUAUAAAGAAUCGGACUGGGGAACGCCAUCCAGUCAAGCAAAUGGUGUACAAGCUCAGGUCGGGAAUCCCUGAGACUGGCUCUUACUAUUCUGAUAUAGCAAAUGAAGUCAACAAGUACUCUGAAAACCGGGUGAACAGGUCAAAGGCCGUCCUGAAGCGUGCUUUUUUUGGUAACAUCUUGUCAGGGACAGCCACCAUCGUAAUUACCUUAUUAUUGGUGAUGACACUUAUCCGGACUUGGGCAAUGGUCACUCAGAUUAAUCAGCACAAAUCUUAGAGAUCCUGUUGCAUCUCUAUCUCUCUCUCUCUCUCUCUUUACUAUGUACUUCUCAAUCAUCUCUCUCUUUACUGCCUUCUUUUUUGUUUUCUUAUUAUGUAAAACUCUUUGCUACGUACUUCCCCUUCUAAAUUCAGAUAAACAAUUUCUCUUCC